GCAGAGGGCAAAAUCUGUGCGAGCGAGUGUCUCUCGCCCGGUGUCUUCGCAGACGUUUUUAGAGAAUGCGUUGAAUUUUACACAUUAUUUUAGUGCGUAAAACGGAUUUUUUAAACGCUCAUAAUGUCAGUGCGCGGUUUCACAGCCGUUACUGAAACGACCAGAACUAUAAACGACCGUUAAAAACGACAACGACAUGGCAAAGCGAAGCACUCUGUUCAUUCGAAUUGUGGAAGCGAAAAAUUUGCCUAUUAAGGACAUAACCGGGAGCAGCGAUCCAUACUGCAUUGUGCGAAUUGAUAACGAGGCCAUUAUAAGGACAGCAACAAUAUGGAAGACGCUGUCCCCUUUCUGGGGCGAGGAAUACAAUGUCCAUCUCCCACCUUCCUUUCACACCGUGUCCCUGCAUGUGAUGGAUGAAGACUCUCUCAGCCGAGAUGAUGUUAUCGGCAAGGUUUCCAUCAGCAAGGAGGCACUCACUUCCAAACCACAAGGUCUGGAUGGCUGGAUGAACCUGACUGAGAUAGAUCCAGAUGAGGAGGUUCAAGGGGAGAUUCACUUACAGAUAUCUCUGCUGGGGGACGGGGAUGUUCCACACAAACUGUGCUGUAGAGUCCUUGAGGCCAGAGAUCUUGCCAAAAAAGACCGCAACGGCGCAUCAGAUCCAUUCGUCAGAGUCAGAUACAAUGGCAAAAGCCAUGAGAGUGCAGUGGUAAAGAAGUCCUGCUAUCCACGCUGGAAUGAGAGUUUUGAGUUUGAGCUGGAUGACACUCUGGCUGAUAGCCUUCUCUGUGUGGAGGUGUGGGACUGGGACCUGGUCAGCAGGAACGACUUUCUCGGAAAGGUCCUGUUCAACAUCAACAGGCUUCAGUCGGCGCAGCAAGAGGAGGGCUGGUUUCGCCUGGGGCCUGACAAACCCAAACACAGCCAGCAUGAAGGCACUCUGGGCUCCUUGAGGCUGCAGCUGCGGCUCCGUGACGAGACGGUGCUGCCGUCCAGCCAUUACCAGCCACUGACUGAGCUACUGAGCCAGUCUGUUGGGACUCACCUUAAUGGCAACUGGCCUGAUCUGAUCAUGCUAAUCGAUGAGACGACGACCUCUGAAAACAGACAGGAAGUAGCCAAUAACCUGGUGAAGCUCUUUCUGGGACAAGGGCUAAUCAAGGAGUUCCUGGAUGUGCUGUUCAAAUUGGAACUGGAGAAAACAACCGAACCCAACACUUUAUUUAGAAGCAACUCUUUAGCUUCCAAAUCCAUGGAGUCAUUUCUAAAGGUGGCCGGAAUGCAGUAUUUGCACAGGCUUCUGGGUCCCACAAUCAAUCGUAUUUUUGAGGAGAAAAAGUAUGUGGAACUGGAUCCCAAUAAGGUGGAGCUGAAAGAUGCAGGGUGCACGGGGCUGCAUCGACUGCACACAGAAGCUGAUGUGAUUCAGCAGAGCUCCAGCCUCCUCCAGUCGUAUCUUUCUGAGCUCCUGGCUGCUAUCCUGCAGUCAGCCUCUUACUGCCCCCUGCUGCUUUGUCAGGCCUUACAGCAACUCUACUAUCGAGUGCAAGCAUGCUUCCCAGACCCAGAGUACAGGAAAGUGAAGUUCAUUGCUGUUACCAGUUUCCUGUGUCUCCGCUUUAUCUCUCCUGCCAUCAUGUCUCCCAAGCUCUUCCACCUGCGGGAGAAACAUGCAGACGCCCGGACCAGUCGAACUCUGCUGCUGCUGGCUAAGGCUGUACAGACCAUUGGCAAUCUGGACACUCUGGUCUGCUGCUCUAAGGAGCCAUGGAUGAUACCUCUGCAGCCCGCCAUCCAACAAGGCAUCUCCCAGCUCAAAGACUUCAUCACUCGGCUGGUCAGCUGCCAUGACUCAGAAGAUCUUUGUCUUCAAACUCGCAUGAGUCUCCAGUGUGGCACCAUGGAGAAAGAAGGCUUCCUCUUCCUCCAUAAGACCAAAGACAAGUGCAUUCCCAUGACCUCUCCCUUUAAGAAGUACUAUGUAACUCUCAGCAAAGACACUCUGUCUUAUUCACGAACGCAGCAUUCUAAGAAAACCUCGUUCAUCUCCCUGCCAAAGAUCCGGGCGGUAGAGAAGGUGGAAGAGAAGUGCUUUGGAAGCCCUAAUGUCAUGCAGAUCAUCUCCAGCGAGGAUUCUGGCCAGCAGGAGACGCUCUACCUGGACUGUAAGAGUGUAAACGAACUGAAUCAGUGGCUGUCAGCCUUACGGAAAGCAUGCAGUCACAACACCAACACAAUGAGCAGCUAUCACCCAGGCAUCUACAAAGCUGACAGAUGGAGCUGCUGCCACCAAAAGGAGAAAACAGAUCCAGGCUGUGAUAAGACCAGACAUGGUGUCACCCUGCAAGAAUGGUAUGACCCGCUGGAUCCAGACCUGGAAGCUCAACUCAUUUACCGACACCUCAGCAGCGUCCAGCAUGCAAUGAGGGAUAAAUAUUAUGAACUGAUUAAGCAAGAACACGCCGAUGAAGCAGACUCAGACAAAGAUCACAAGAUGGUGGAUGGGGUAACAAGACUCUUCACGAUUCUCCAGGACCUGCAUGAAGCCCAUGCAGCAGUGGAGGAGAAGGAACGCUUGAAGAAUAAGAACGUUUUCUUGGAGUUGCAAACGUAAACAAAGGAGCACCAAAAGUCUUCGGGGCAAAAGGCGUCCAUAACAUUCGGUCACACACUGACUUCAUUCACAGGGUUUAUAGCGUAGACCUGCUGUUGAGCUGUAGGACAAGGCAAGGCUGAGUUUUGAAAGGUUUGAGGCUCCAGCAGGUUUUCUCACUAUAGUUAAAUGUGCUUAUUUGAGGUGAUUGUUUUAGAGUUUUCUUAUUUUGAGGGCUAUCACCAAAAGCUCUUCAUCAAGGGCAGACCUAAUGUAUAUCUCUUUACUCAUUUCCAUCAGUGUAUAUGUAAUGACCAUAUCAGCUAACAUGAAGACCAUCAGUGAAAUGGGUGAGGAGGGUUGCUGGUUAAGAAUCGUGUAUUUUUACAGGAAUGAUUUGCUGAUUAUUCUUGUUUAUGGGCACUUUAUCAUGCUUCAAUUUGAAUGCCUUUAGUUCCAUUUUCAUUUGUGACUGGUCGUGCCAUAAAUCAUAAGGUUAUUUAAUCACACAUGCAUAUAAGCUUUUACUUUGUGAAGAAGCAUUGAGUGCUCUUGGUUACAAGUUUCUAGAUGUUUACAGUGCAAAUGAUCAUUUUUAAACAUUAUUUUUAGUAGAGGAGGAUGCAUGUUUACUCUCUCUGCCAUGUUUUUGCUGUUUUACACUAAUUAUUCACCUUUAGUUUACACUAUGUAUUGAUAUCCCAUAUGAUUCCUAUAAGAGUAUGACUAUACUGGACACUGGCUGCAUUUUAUGGUAUGAUGUGUGUCACUCACAGUACAGUACAAUACAAUGAUUCACAUGAGAAAUACAGUGGCCCCAGAAAGUAUUCGGACAAUGGUGCCAUUUAUUAAGUUCGUUGUGUUAAAUGUCAAACCAAGUGGUAUUUAUUUUAAACAGACUAUUCCAAGACUAUAAUUUUCUUUUUGGCAAAGUAUUCCUUAAAAAGGCAGCUGGUGGGUUUCAAGUCAUGGUUUGGGGAGUUUGGGUUGUAUCCAGGCUUUCUACACGCAGAGUUUAGCAUCAGUUUAAUGUUAGGCUAAAGGUAUUUUUCUUUGAAACAAAUAUCAUUUUGCUCAACAUUUUAGGAAGAACAAUAGUUAAAGGGUUAAAAUACUUUCUGGGGAUGCCGUAUUAUUUCUUUAGUUUUUUAAAAAAUCAGUUUUAUAAGAGUGAGUACCUUAUGUAAGUGCAUUUUAAUUUUGCCCCAUGAAGGUACAGUAUGUGAAGAGCAUUAUGUUAGCUAAAGGAAAAAAAGUUACAGUCAUAUCCAAAACUUGGGGCACCCGUGGCCAAAUGACACGUUUUGCUGAUUUUCUAAGUGAAAACAAUUUAAAACAUCCUCUACAAAGAGCACCAUUCUCCACAUUUUAGUUGCUGAAUUUAGUAAAGGAAAACUGGACAAAAGGUAUGGGACAUUAUAUACUGUAUGUUUUUUUUUUGCAUAUGAAAAGUUCCAUGUUUCAAGGUUAACUUAUUUUCGGAAGCUUUUUUAAAAAAAUGUCUUAUUAUUAGAAAAGCAACAAAACAUGUCAUUCGACUGGGUGUUCGUACUUUUGCAUAUGUACAAGAAAAGCUCAUAAAUGCAUAAUGGUAAUAUAAUAUUAUUUGUUUUAUGUGUAACUGUAUUUUAAUGUUCACCAUAAAGGUAAAUUAAAUGAAAAGCAUCAUAGUAGCCAAAGAAAAGAAACAUUGCAAACCUUCCCGAAAAGAGCACAUAUUAAUGCAGUCUUACGCGCUGAAUUAACUAUUUUGUGGCUGUUCAAAGAAAAACACGCAUUUCCAUCUUUUUAGAUUUUUACAGUUCUAUAUUUAAAUACAGUAGUGCUGUAUUCACAGCUGUUCUUUAUAUCGUGUGAACACAGCUGUCGUUUAUAUUGUUUGAAAAUGUAACGGACCAAUAGAAAUGCUCCAAAAUCACUUUGAAUGUAAUCUCUUUACAUUAACUUACCUUUAAAGUUAAGAAUGUUACAGCCUUCUCCUGUGAAGUUACUAUUUUGGAGAUUUUUUAAAAAUAUGUAUAUAAGUGCAUCAUUUUACAAGAACACGUACAUAACUUAUGGUCAUUUUAUUUUAAUCUUCACCACAAAAGUAAAUGACAUGAGGAGCAAACAGAAAAUGAAUGGUUAUGAGAAACGAAUAUACCUUUUUAAUGAAAAGAAAUGAGUUCUGAAAGGAGAAAGACAGAUAACUGAUUGUCAUGUUACUGAUAAAUGAAAGGAAGAGCAUGAUGCUGACCAAAUGAAAAAAAAGAUUUUCUCUUUUUUUAAAAAGCUACGUAUGAAUACAUAAUAUGAAUGAAAGUGACCCUUUGCGUCCAGGCCCAGCCCCAGUCCCUCUGGACUUUGCAGCACAUAAGUAGCUCUGCUUUAUUGACAGCAUUGCCACUGACGUCCCACUCGGGACCCCCUCCCCCACCUGCACUCAGUAUUGAUACAUGUAUUAAUUAUUAAAAGCUCUAACCAUGUUAGGCACGUUUAAAAAGUCUGCUCCUACUGUUGACAUGCUUUGUCCUGCCAGGUGUCAGUUUUGUAUGUGGUAUUACGUCCCUGCCUGGUAUGUAUUUUAAACAUAGGUGUGCUGUGUGUUUCGGACUGUCCUCUGUAUUUUGUUUUUGUCCUAACAUGAAUGUAAGAAGGGGACUGGUCUUCUUUGGACUGUAGGAAUCGGUCCAUUUUGUCCACUAGAUGGCUCUGCAGUGUUGAAAUUCUUCUGCCACAUUCUGGACCCAAUUUCUAUAAAAGCUCUGAUGGUAGCGCAAUGGCCUUAGUCACGAUGGCCAUGUUUUAGCAUGACGGUCCAUUGCUACAGUACUUUUGAGAUGUUUGUGUCGUGGAAUGAUGUUUUGUGGGGGUAACUUGGCCCAGAAUGGAAGCUCAACUGUGUCUUCUGUAGGUUGAAAAUGUGUGGCUAUAUGUGUAUCAUUACUUGUUAAUGUUUUUAUGUGAUUUUGGAGGAGCUGGACGCUCUCUAAAUUCUUAAUCGAGUAGCCUUAUUGGAUUAUAAUAAUGAUUUCCUAGUCCUUUUGGCUCGGGGCAAAGAGGACCAGGAAUGCUGUAGACGUUUUGGACCAUGAUUGUCUGAAGUUGAUCAUAUUUUUCAUUCAUCUGAAUGUUUUGCUUGUUUUCAUGCUUUUUGUUUUUUUUUUUUUUUAAUUCAAGUUUUAAAUUUGAGGUUGUAACUUAAGUUGCAUAGAUUCAAUAUAUGUCAGUUCUCAGAGGCUACAGCUGAAAGUGCGUAGUAGUUUUGUUAUAUAUGACAGUUUAAAUUAGUUGGGCAUUAAAAGCACGCUUGAACCUCU